AUGUGCGAAGGAGUUCAUCCCCUCGAUGCACUCGCCGGAAGCGCAGUGCCGGAGGACCGAAUCGCAAAGUAUCUCCAAGACCACGAGUGCAAGGACGUGGUGGUCAUGUGUGGAGCGGGGCUCUCCACUGCUGCGGGGAUACCGGACUUCCGCACCCCAGGAACGGGCCUCUACGACACGUUGCAGCGGUUCAAUCUCUCACAGCCGGAGGCGAUCUUCGAGCUGGACUUCUUCCGCCAGGAGCCAGGCCCGUUCUACGAGCUUUGUCGAGAACUCUGGCCUGGACGGUACAAGCCGACAUUGGGGCACUACUUCAUCAAGCUGCUCGAAGCCAAGGGCAUCCUGCGCCGAUGCUACACGCAGAACAUUGAUUCACUGGAGCGGCAAGCUGGCGUGAGCCGGCAGAAAAUCGUAGCAGCCCAUGGGAACUUCGAUGAAGCUCACGUUAUCGACAAAGUGCCCGAGCAAGCAGUGGACAUCGAGGAGCUCAGGAAGGCGGUCAUUGCCGGCGAGAAAGGCUGGCGUGCCCUGGCCGAGGCCAAAGGCGGCCUCGUGAAACCCAAAGUGGUUCUCUUCGGCGAGAGCCUGCCGGACCGUUUCUGGGAGCUCAGUGACGCGGAUCUGGAAGCUUGCGAUCUGCUCAUCGUUAUGGGAACCUCCCUCGUCGUCGAACCAUUCGCAGGGCUGGUUGGCCAGGCACCUUCCAGGACGCCGCGGCUUCUCAUCAACAGGGAGCCUUCCGGCACGCUGGACCGACUCUAUAGAGGCUUUCGCUUCCUGUUGAAAGACCAGGCAAACUGGCGAGACGUUUGGCAUGAAGGUGCGUGUGACGAGGGAUGCCGGGCGCUGGCCAAAUCUCUUGGAUGGGAGGAGGAUUUGCAGGACUUGAUGUCAACGGGGAAGACACCCGGGCUGGCGCCCUGGCGAACUGAGCCUUCGUGA